AUGUCCGGCGAGAAACGCCCGGCUCCUGAGGCAUUCGGCUCCUCCAGCCAGCUGGUCGUGAAAAGACAAAAAUCUAAUACCGACCUGAAUUCGACUUCAAUUUCUUUGCGGCCUAGCCAGAACGAUGCACUCAUACAAGCUAUCCCCCGAACCAGCGGUCUCGCUGCUCCAAUUAUGGAGCUUACAGGCCAUUCUGGGGAGAUAUUCGCAACGCGAUUCGAUCCUACAGCGCAAAGUAUCGCUUCUGGGUCUAUGGACCGUAGCAUAAUGCUAUGGCGAACCUACGAACAAUGCGAGAAUUACGGAGUACUCAACGGGCACAAGGGAGCUGUGUUGGAUUUGCAAUGGUCAAGAGACUCUCGUCUAAUUUUUUCGGCUUCGGCAGAUAUGACUGUAGCGAGUUGGGAUCUUGAAAGCGGCCAACGGAUACGAAGACACGUGGGUCACGAGGAAGUUAUAAAUUGCUUAGACAUUAGCAAGCGUGGCCAGGAGCUGCUUGUUAGCGGCAGCGAUGAUGGCUAUAUCGGGAUUUGGGAUCCAAGACAAAAGGAGGCUCUUGAUUUUGUCGAAACAGACUUCCCGGUUACAGCUAUCGCGCUAUCUGAAGCUGGAAAUGAGAUUUUCACUGGAGGAAUCGACAACGAUAUCAAGGUCUGGGAUAUCCGCAAAAAGGCAGUGGUGUACACGCUCGUCGGUCACAACGACACUGUCACAUCCCUUGAAAUAUCACCCGAUUCACAGUCUCUGCUAUCCAAUUCUCAUGAUUCUACUGUUCGCACUUGGGAUAUUCGACCCUUUGCCCCUGCCGAUCGCCAUAUUCGGACGUUUGAUGGCGCACCCGUGGGAUUGGAAAAGAACCUUAUUCGGGCCAGCUGGGAUCCCAAGGGAGUAAAGAUUGCAGCUGGCAGCGGAGACCGCAGCGUUGUGGUCUGGGACUCGAAGUCUGGCAAGCUCCUUUACAAACUUCCCGGACACAAGGGUUCCGUAAACGAUGUUCGCUUCUCUCCAAACGAUGAGCCUAUCAUUGUCUCUGGCUCAUCUGAUAAAAAUAUUAUGUUGGGAGAACUCGGAAAGUAA